AUGAACCCUAGCUUCCACCUCCCCGCGCCGCCGGACACGUCCAGCCGGCCUCCGCAGCCAAUCCGCCGCCGCCAUGUGUCCCCGCGCCUCCUCCCACCUCUGCAGGCGCCGCCGGCCCGCGAGCCCGCGCCAGGCCCGCCGAACCCAUCCGCUGCCGCCCCGCUCCCGCGCGAGCCCGACCGCGCCGCCCGCCUGCGCGCCGCUCCGUCGCCAGCCAUCGCGCGCCGCCCGCGCCUCCCCGUCCGGCCUCGCCUCCCGACCGCAGCCCCCACGCCGCCGUGCUCCGCCCGCCGGCGUCCAGCCCUGCUGCCGUCCUCCCUCGCCGGCGCCGCCCGCUCGCCCCGCCUCCUCUUCGCGCCAUCCCGUGCCUCCCCCGCCAGUCGCCACCUCGCCGGAAGUUGCUGCCAUCGUCGGAGUUCGUCCUCCGGCCGGAUCCGGUGA